AGCUUGGACGAUUGUUAUUCGAGCAUUUAUUCUGCAUCCUCGCCGUUGUCUUGAAAGUCUUUCCCCAAAGACAUCUUGCAAGAGCCACACGCCGGACAGCUGGAUAACACCUGUUGUCCUUGGAUAUUGAUUCCCAUCACUCUUUGAAAAAUCUCAAAAUGAAGGUUUCUGUAGCCAUCCUCGCCGCUGCAGGCGGUGCGGAUGCCUUCUGGCGCAUGGAGUGCCGCGGCAGAUUGGGUGUCGCUCGCCUCGACCCUCUGGUUAACUACGGUGAACCCGGAUCCCAUGCCCACUCGAUUCACGGUUCUUCUGGUUUCAGCGACAAGUCUUCCUACGAUGACCUGCUCAAGGGUGAUUGCACUUCUUGCGCUGUCACCCAAGAUAUGUCUGCGUACUGGACUCCUUCUCUCUACUUCCAGCAUGCCGACGGCUCCUUUGAGCUCGUCCCGCAAGUUGGUGGUAUGCUGUCAUACUACUUCCUUUAUACGGAUGCUGCCAACCCCGACAGUGGCAUCAAGGCGUUCCCUCCCGGCUUCCGCAUGAUUGCCGGAGACACUAACCGCCGUAACUAUACGAUUACUGGUACCAACGUCAAGGAUGCCGACCCCCAGAAGUCCGAAUGGGCCAGCCUUGGACAGACUUCGCAGCUCGAUCUGGCUCAGCGUGCCACCGGAUUCAACUGCCUCAACUACAACAAGCAACCUGAGGGUACAUUGUACCGUCACUACAUGCCCGACAAGGACUACCUCGAUGCCAACUGCGCCGACGGCAUUCGCGCCGAAAUCAUGUUCCCUUCUUGCUGGAACGGCAAGGAUCUCGAUUCUGAUAACCACAGGGACCACCUGGCAUACCCCGAUCUUGUUAUGAACGGCAACUGCCCCAAGGGCUUUGAGACCAAGGUCCCUAGUCUCAUGUACGAGACCAUCUGGGCUACCCAAAACUUCAUUGGACAAUCUGGCCAGUUCGUCUUUGCCAACGGUGAUGUUCAGGGCUUCGGUUACCAUGCCGACUUCAUGAACGGCUGGGACGAGGACUUCCUCCAGCAAGCCGUUAACACCUGCACCAACCUCAGCGGCAGGAUCCAGGACUGCCCCAUCUUCAAUAUCCAGAGCGAGGCUGAGCAGAACCAGUGCACCUUUGACAAGAACCCCGAGGUCUCCCAGAUGCUCAAGAGCUCUCUCAACGAGAAGACUACCGGAGUGAUCGGCGACUCCCUUCCCGGCGGUGUCAAGAUUGCUUACGGACCUGAGCCCGCCGAUGCGGCCAAUGCUGGAUCGCAUACCACCACUGUCGAAGUCCCAACUGCUACUUACUCCCAGGGUGCCACUGUCACCGACGGAAACUACAUGCCCGGUGGUGUUUUCAAGGCUGCUAAGUUCGGCGUCCCCGCUGCCGAAAGCGCUGUCAACUCCAUCAGCACCACCACCGAAGCUUUGCCCACUAUUACUGAGGCGCCUACCGUCGCCGCGGAGGACGAUGGCUUCACCGCCAUCAGGACCGAGUACAUUACCAAGGGCAAUGUUGUCAGCAUGGUUAUCGUCAAGGAGGCUCUCGAGUACGUGACCGUCACGACCACUACUGUUACGGCUGUCCAGACCGUUCAGGCCCGCCAGUACUCUCACCUGCACCGCCACAAGGUCCGCGCUGCGAACAACCGGGCCUAAGUCAUAUGCUACAUGACUGCUUCCGGUAUCUGAAUUUCACUUCUACAGGCUUUGUCCCCUUCUGGUGACAUUAGCUUUAGGCCACAUUAGUGAAGAGGGAUCUUUAUGGCCAUUUGUUCUUGUUUAUGCUUUGUUAUAUCCCUAAUGGAAUCUUGUUUCGUGGAUUGGACUUUGCAUUUCAAAAGGUCAUUAUGCGAGUUAUGCGGG